CGUUUCCGUUUACCAAGUGCGUUUUCAGUCGGAGAGUGAAUUCUGAACCGUGAAAAUGAGCAAAAUUUCUACCAUUGGAUCUGCACCCAUGGUGCACAACUGUGACCACAAGAAGUCCCAUCCGCUGGAGUUUCCAGUUAAUAAUGACGUCACUAUACUGCAGAGCCCAGCGGAUUGCCCUGACGGUCGAUUUGAUUGGAAGGAGCUGAAGACCCUUCGUUCGGCUCUGAAGCUGGGACAGAUCACAGCUGCCAUCGUAAUUCUGGCGCUAACCCGAACCCGUGGUCGUCGCAAUUCGGAACCGCUGGACUCCCUGCCAGAAAUCUCUUACAUUUUCCUCGCAAUUAACGCUCUGAUUGGGACGGUGCUCUCACUAGCUGAUGCCAUCAUAAAGGCACAUCCUCUCCGGAAGGCUUUUACUCCGGUUCUUUGGUUCCAAGUAGAACUGUGGUUCGCCGGAUUGGCAGCCAUAGCUUUCCAUUCGCUGGCUUACUCCGUGCUGGUUAUGUCGUUGAACUACUACAGUAUCGAAAUCAACCGUGUGGCGGCCGCUUUUGGAUUCGUUAAUGCGGGACUUUAUCUGAUGAGUUGGUGGAGGAAUUUCAGCAAACGCGAAGAAAUUGUUAGAAAGUUGAGGAAUACCAAUUAUUACGAAGAAGAAUGAAAUAAAUUGAAAUAACGGGGGUUUCAGGAGGGAAAAAAACUAAAUUUGGCAUACCUUACAUAUUUAUCGAGCACAUCAAUAAA